CUACGCUACGCGCAAUUGUUCAGCUGUAGUUUACUAUUUUCUAUAAAUUUAAGCGGUCAGGGUAUCGCUCCCAUAUCUUGAUCCCGGAAGUGGAAAAUGCUGGUAUGAUUUGGGUCCAUCUCUGAUGAUUUGAGAACAAGAUCAGCCAGAAAAAAGGAAGGGGGUGGUAACUGAUAAGAGAAGAAACAUGUAAAUGUUGAUAUAUAUAAAUGUCGUGAUUUGGUCCCUUCUGUGUUGGGUUGACCUGCUCCCGGGGAGCUGCUCCGUCUCCUCUCAUCAAUUAUCAUAAUUGAUGAGAUGGCGCGGAGAUGAUGUCUGCUGAAUAUCAGCUGGCCGGCUAUACCGGAUCCUAGAGAGGUUUUUGUCGUUACACACGUUCGUCGGAUGAAGAUAGUGAACUAGUAGUAGUAGUGGGGUCGGGAUAUUCGCCUCCGCACUACUAAGUAUUUUGACUUGAUUGUGAUUAUGGUAUUUUUACUGGUGAUUUUGAGAUGAUAUUACCGAGGAUAAAAUGAAGGAGUAUUGUGACCGACCGUGUCAAGAGUGAGUGAUGGAAAUCAAGAUGAACAAGCGAGUGGUUCUUGCAUCAAGACCAGGAAUUAAUUCAAAACCAACUGUGGAGCACUUUGAGGUUGAGGAGUGUCCUGUUCCUGAAAUCAAAGAUGGUGCCAUCAUUGUUAAAACACUUUGCUUGUCAGUAGAUCCUUACAUGCGAUGUCGCAUGAAUCUGGAUACAGGAACAGACUACAUGUCACCAUGGCGAUUGGACCAGACCAUUGAUGGAGGAGGGGUUGGUAUCAUCGUGGAGAGCAGACGACAGGGAUUCAGGAGGGGGGAAAUUCUUGAGAGUUUUCAUUGGCCAUGGCAGCUUUACGCCCUCAUGGAUUUGCAAGGAGUCAACUGCUUACUAGUCAAAAAGGUUGAUCCUUCCCUGGUUGAGAAACAUUUCUCCCUUAUUUGUGGUCUCUUUGGUCUUCCUGGUCAAGCAGCGUUCAUCGGAAUCAGGGAGAAGGGUCAUGUGAUUCCAGAAGCCAAUCAGUCCUUUGUAGUCAGUGCUGCAGCAGGGGCCUGUGGGUCACUUGCCGGUCAGAUUGCCCGUCUGCAGGGAUGCAAUCCCGUGGUAGGGAUCUGUGGUUCUGAUAUCAAGUGCUCUUUCCUCCUGGAAGAACUCAGCUUCCAUCAUGCCAUCAAUUACCGUACCCAAGAUGUCUUCCUACGGAUCAAGGAAUGCUGCCCAGAUGGUGUUGAUAUCUACUUUGAUAACGUUGGCGGAGACAUCAGUGACUCUGUUAUUAAGCAGAUGAAUGAAAACUCUCAUAUCAUCUUAUGUGGUCAGAUAUCAAUGUACAACUCUAAUGUGCCCUACCCUCCACCACUCCCUGAUGAUGUAGAACAGAUUAGAGAAGAAAAGAACAUCACGAGGGAUCGGUUCUUGGUCCUCAACUAUGUGGAAGAGUUCCCUGCUGCCAUAGCUCAAUUAGCGACAUGGUGGAAUGACGGCAAAUUGAAGUACAAGGAAACAGUUACCCAUGGUCUUCAUAAUGCUCCAGCUGCAUUUGUAUCCAUGAUGAAUGGAGGGAAUAUUGGCAAGCAGAUCGUCCAUGUUGCUGAACCAUGAGCCCUUUAUUUACAUCAAUCUACGCAUAUAACCUAUCUACUAAUUUUUAAAGGGAAAGUGGAAAAGUUCACCAAUGACUUGAACGUUGCAAAUUUAAGGUGAUAUUGGGGAAUAUGGUGGCAUGAUAAUAUUCCCAUAAUGAAACAUUCUCCUCAUUAGCAUAAUCUAUCUAUAGGCAAAUUUUCAAAGUUCAAAUAGCAUUAUAUAACAAUAAUAGAUAAUGUCAAUGCACUGUAACUUUAAAGGAUUUAUGUUUCAUCAUGCAAGUAAUAAAUGUAAAUGGCCAAUUCGAUAUGAUCUGAAACUGUUGUAAUAAGUUAAUCAUACUGAACAAUUGACCUAUCUACAAAUUGAUUCAAAUAUAUAGAUUAUUAUUGUCACCUAGUUUUAAAGCAUUCCUUUUAUCAUUUAGUAAUAAAUAAAUUACUCUGUAGGCACUACUUGGAAUCCAGUUUGCAUGAGCUAUGUCUUAACAAGUAUUCAGGUUGUCAAGAACAGCCUUUGUUAAGGGUGAUGAAAUUGAAUAUACUUGUAAACAGUUACAUUAGAUUAGAUGAUAUACCAGCAAUGAGAAUGAUUCAAAGUGUCAUCCUUGCACAAAUUAUAAAAAAUUAUAUCCUUUUGUUAUUCUAUUUUGGUAGGGAAGUGUCCUUGGCUAUAAUAGUCUGGAAUUUGGGUCAGCGUUUUACAAGUUAUUUGUAUAUCAUUGACAUGUAUUUGUUAGAAUAAAUUAAGAUAGGAUCUACCGAGGCUAAUAAGAGAGCUUAAAGAUAAAAUUAGAAUGAAAAACCUUCUCUAGUGUACUAGAAGAUAAUGUAAAAAUCAUCAUUUUUUUAUACUUUUCUUCAAUGUUCAUAAUAAGGAAAUGCAAAUUUUUGUAAGCUUGGUGGUGUUUUUGAUGGAUUUGGGGUUGUGAGAGGGGUAUUGUUCUAUGUGUGUCAGUCUUUAAACUACUGAGUACUUGAUCAAAAUGGAUGGGGGGGGGGCCACU